AUGUGUGGCGAGGUCCGUGGCGAGGUCCGUGACGAGGUCCGUGGCGAGGUCCGUGGCGAGGUCCGUGACGAGGUCCGUGACGAGGUCCGUGGCGAGGUCCGUGACGAGGUCCGUGACGAGGUCCGUGACGAGAUCCGUGACGAGAUCCGCGGCGAGGUCCGCGGCGAGGUCCGCGGCGAGGUCCGUGACGAGGUCCGUGACGAGGUCCGUGGCGAGGUCCGUGGCGAGGUCCGUGACGAGGUCCGUGACGAGGUCCGUGACGAGGUCCGUGACGAGGUCCGUGGCGAGGUCCGUGACGAGGUCCGUGACGAGGUCCGUGACGAGGCCCGUGACGAGGUCCGUGACGAGGUCCGUGACGAGGUCCGUGACGAGGCCCGUGACGAGGUCCGUGACGAGGUCCGUGACGAGGUCUGUGACUCCACGGUCGUCAGACAAACGGGUCCCGUCCUGGCUACUACCAGUUAA